AUGGAGGUUGAGGAGAAGUCGGAGCGGGAACCGCCUCCGGAACAUGCGGAGCGUCGCGGUGCAGGUCCGAGUGUGAAGGCUGCUGCCAAGGCGAAGACACGCCGGCAGCUGCUUGAGGCCUUUGUGUCCAGGGAGGACUACCACCGACAAAAGCACUACGACUUCUGCAGCAAGCAGGUGCUGUCGGUGUACACGACGUUCCCGAGACCAUACUUUUCGCGUGAGGACUUCCGGGGCUCGGGCCACCAGGUGCCGCCCACCGCGCCCACUGCGCCCACUGCGCCCGUCACGCCGGGUCGGAGCGAGGAGAAGGCGGAGAAGGCGGAGAAGGCGGAGAAGGUGGAGGAGCGUUUGCUGACACCCGGGGCGUGGAGCCGCUCGCCCCGUUUUCCCGCGCUCCCCAAGGAAACCGUGAUGGAAGUCUCCAAGGAUUCCAAGGACUCUAAGGACUCCAAGGACACGGGCAUCCCGCGGAUCUCCACGAGCUUCCGAAAGGUGGACCGGCUGCAGCUCUUGAAGACGUCGCCUGCCUGGUCUUUCAGCAGCCACGGGGUGGGCCGCCGGUACCCAGGCGUGCCCCCGCGAGGGCCGCGGGACACGGACUUCCGCAGCCUCCGUGACAGCAUGGACUUCGACGACUCCCGACUCCUGGAGGAUCCUGGAUCUCUUGUGAGCGCGAGGCGCUAG